AUGAAGAGGGGUAGGGUUAUCGUGGUUGAUCAAGACGGACGUGGAAAUUCAACCACAGUUCAAGGAGCCAUUGAUUUGAUCCCUGUGAACAACGGAUUACGAAUGAAAAUCCUUAUUUAUCCAGGAAUUUACAAUGAAAUAGUAGAAAUACCACAGAACAAGCCGUAUAUUUCAAUGAUUGGAAGGCCAGAUACAAGAAACGGUGAGUUGCCAGUGAUCACAAGUUCUAGAAAGGCGUCUGAUACUGAUGAAAAUGGGAACCCUUUGGGAAGUAUGAAUACUGCAACUGUUUUUGUUCAAUCUGAUUAUUUUGUUGCUGCCGCUCUUGCCAUUGAGAAUAGUGCAGUUCCAAAUGGAAAUGGAGAUGGAGAUCAGGCAUUGGCAAUAAGAAUAGAUGGAGAUAAGUCAGUGUUCUACAGAAUGAGGUUCUUAGGGUAUCAAGAUACUCUUAUGGAUAACAUUGGAACUCAUUUCUUUUAUCAAUGUUACAUCCAAGGAAGCGUUGAUUUCAUCUGCGGAAGUGCUACAUCAUUGUAUCAGGACUGUACUAUAAAUUCAACAAAUUCAGGAGGAGCAAUAGCUGCACAUGAGAGGAAUAGUGAAGAUGAUUCAGGUUUUAUCUUUGAGGAUUGCAGAAUCCAAGGAAACGGACCUACCUUUCUUGGGAGAGCCUGGGGCAAUUAUUCUAGAAUUAUAUAUUCCUUUUGCAGAAUGGAUGAUAUUAUCCAACCUCCAGGUUGGAGUGAUUGGGAUGAACCAUACAAACAAAAUACUGCGUUUUUCGGAGAGUACAUGAAUGAAGGACCUGGAUCAAACAGAACUGGAAGAGUCUCAUGGUCAAAAUCUUUGUCUGAUGAUCAAGCGGUUAGAUUUGUUGGUAGAACCUUCAUCAAAGGAAACGAUUGGCUGAAAAUAUAG